UCUAUUUAUUAAUUAAUAAUAAUUUAUACUAGUAAAUUAAAUUGUAAAUAAUCAUACGUGUCCCGUUCACCUCCUCUCUGCCAUUAACAAUGAAAAAGCAACAUAGUUCUUGAACAACUCAAAUUCCUCGAAAACUGCAGCUACCAAAAGCUAUCCUCCUCCGCCGCCGCCGGCAACACCAUCGCCGCCCUCCCUUUUCUUCUUUUUAUCCUAUAACGCUGAUCGGCUCUUCUCAAACUCAAUCAAUUCACCACAAAAAAAGAAAAGGAAAAAAAGACGACCUUUUUAUAAAGGUCGAGACUUUUCAACCCCUCGUACGAAUGCGUGUGUUUCUGAAUUAAUUCUCUUUUGUUUCCCCCAAAAUCCCUCAAUCAAAUAUUCAAUCGAAGAAGAUCAUGGAUAUUAUUAACACCACCCUCAAUUCUCUACCAUACUCAAACCCCCUUCCUCUUUUCUUCGCCGUUUAUCUCACCCUCUACACCGUUGCUUAUUUCAUCAUUUUCCGGAAAUGGGUCCCCAAACUCCGACCCGAAGCUUCGAGCUGCGUCAUAUCCCUCGCCCACGGCACCCCUGCUGUUUUCUUGGCCUCCGCUGCCAUCCUCUCCGACCCGGCCCGCGAUUUUCACUCCCCCAACACCCCCUUCCAAAGCAUCGUCCUUGAUUACAGCAUUGCCUAUUUUUUGAUGGAUCUUCUCCAUUACUUGAUCUUUUACCCCACCGACCUUCUCUUUAUCGGCCACCAUUUGGCCACUCUCUUCGUCUUCUUGACCUGCCGUUACGUUGUGUAUCACGGUGCUUUUGCAAUUCUGGUGCUUUUGGUUCUGGCGGAAGUAACAAGCUUGUGCCAGAAUGUGUGGACUCUUGCCUGCGCCCGAAGAUCGGAUGUCAAAUUUGCAGCUAAAGUGUAUGAUCUACUGUCCCCUCCGUUUUACGGGUUGUAUUCUGUGGUGAGGGGUUUCUUGGGACCUUAUUUUGUCUACAGAAUGUUUGCAUUUUACAUGAGUGGUGCUGCUGAUAGUGUGAUACCCAAAUGGGUUUGGAUUUCUUGGGUAGUUGUAGUUUUCAUGGCCAUUUCAGUUAGUAUUUUAUGGAUAUUGAAUCGCUGGAUUGAGUUCUUUAGUGAAAGGAACAAUAAUGUGGCCGUGGCCGUGGCCGCCGAUAAGAAAGUUAGAUAGGAAUUGCUGAAUACAAAAAAGAAAGACUUGAAGUUGUUCUACAGUUUGUAUUACUCCUAAAUUGUGUUCAACGGAAUGUAUUAAUAAAGAUACAUGAAUGCAAUUCAACUAUUGUUCUGUUCUUAUUCUUGCAAUAAGAAGAAUGUGGUCAGUUUCGAUUAUGUAGAGGACGAUCAUAUUCGAUUUCGUAUAUAAGUUUAUGUUGGUGUUAAUUGUUGUUUGCCUUGCUGAUGAAAUAUAUAAUAUUAUUGUGAUAG